CGAGCCACACCAUACACUAACGUCACGAUCAUGUCUGCCCGCAAAGUAUCGCAUAUUUUGAAGCUCUCGGCUGAGGAGCAGAGGGAGUUCGUCAACUCCUUCGAUGUAGUGUUGUGUGAUUGUGACGGUGUUAUGUGGAUGGUUUCUGCUUCGCUCCCUCGGACGGGUGAAGCGGUGAAUGCGCUGAAGAAUGAUGGCAAGCAAGUGCGCUUUGUGUCCAAUAACAGUGUGCGCUUGGAUGAAGAAUAUGUAAAUAAGUUCACCAGGAUCGGAGUGAAGGAUUUUCAAGCGAAUGACAUUAUGCAUCCGGUAAAGUCCAUGUUGUACUAUAUAAAGAAGCACAAUAUAAAGCAGCCGGUUUUCUCUUUAUGCAGUGGACAGAGUAAUGAAACGCUUCGUCGGGAAGGUGUAGACGUGAGAACUUUGGUCACUAAGGAAGACGUUGAAAUCGCUACUUUGGAUGAAAUCACAAGACCGGAACAAAAAAUGGGCGCUGUUUUGUAUGAUAUCAAUUUGAAUCUAACGUAUGCGCAAAUAGCAGCGGCCACACGAUAUCUGGCAGAUAAAGACUGUCAUUUUAUUGCCGGUGGUACAGAUUGGCUAUUACCGAUAACGGCAGAUUUAACCUUACCAGGAUUUUGCGAUUUCCUUGACACUCUUCAGCGGUUCUCAGGACGCGAGCCGACCAUCGUAAGCAAACCGGCGGGUUUGCUUGGUGAAAUUUUGAAGGACGUCUAUAAAUUGGACGAUCCCAAGCGUUGUCUUUUUGUUGGCGAUUCUCUGACGCAUGACAUACGUUUCGGUCUGAAUUGUGGCUUCCAAACCUUGCUCGUAUUGAGCGGUAGCACACCCAUAGAGGAAAUGUGGCAAGCAAAAGCGGAGGAUCAGCCUCAUUUUUAUGCGGAUAGCAUAGUCGAUUUUAUAGAAUUAUAUGCUAAUAUAAGUAAAAAUACCUAAGACUCUAUUUUGUAUGUAUACUAUGUGUUCAUUUUGAAAUAAAUUUGUAAGUGCAACUUUCCCAUAUAGUUUAUAAGUUAUUCUGAUAUUCCAAUCAGUUCAAAAUCAACAAA